AUGGAAGAAAAAAUAUUAUAUAAUAAUAAAGAAGUUGAGAUCCCAUGUUAUUUUCUUUGUCCGAUUUCCAUGGAUCUUAUGAAAGAUCCGGUUACACUCUCAACCGGUAUUACAUACGACAGACUCAACAUCCAGAAAUGGCUUUUCUCCUCCUCCUCCGCCGCCGCAUGCAUGUAUGUAUGCCCCGUCACCAGACAACCACUUUCCGACGAAGAAGACGGCGGCCGCCGCCUCACCCCAAACCACACCCUCCGCCGCAUGAUCCAGGCCUGGUGCACCCUCAACUCCUUCGAAAGAAUCCCCACCCCAAAACCCGCCGCCGCCGCCGCCGACAAGUCCCAGAUCCUUAACCUCCUCGAACAAGCCAAGAACUCAACGACGAACCGACAGCUGAUCAGCUGCCUCCGGAGAAUCGGAACAUCACUCGCCGCCGGAAACGUGAGCUGCCGGAAUAACUUACAUUUCGGCGGCGGAGUUGACUUUCUACUCUCCGUUGUACGGAAAAACGAAGACCCGAUUUCCACGGAGGAAGCGUUGAAGAUUCUUCAGCAAAUGGAGCUUUCCGAUUCGGAUCUGAAGCUCUUCUUCUCCGACAACGCACGGAUCUUGAACCCGUUAAUCAGAUUACUCGAAUCCGGUAACUCCGAAAACCGCGGCAAAGCCAUAACCCUGUUAUACUCCGCAUUCUGCGUAGCCGACCCGGCCCAUCUAAUCGGAUCCAAACCCGAGGUAUUCACCCAAACGGUAAAGAUUCUCCGCGACAGAAUCUCCGAGCCAGCAACCAAAGCCGCGCUCAAGCUGCUAUUAGAACUAUCUCCAUGGGGAAAAAACCGGAUCAAGGCAGUCAAAUACGGCGCCGUUUCGGCCCUUGUCGAGUUGCUUCUUCAUCAAACGGGCGACGAGUGCAGACGGGUUUGCGAACUCACCCUCGUGGUGCUGGAACAGCUCUGCGGCUGCGCGGAGGGCCGAGCCGAGCUGGUGAGCCACGGAGCCGGACUGGCCGUCGUCUCGAAGAAAAUACUUAGGGUUUCGCACGUGGCGAGCGAUAGGGCUGUGAGGGUUAUCGGUUCGGUUUCGAAGUAUUCGGCGAAUAAUACUAGGGUUCUUCGGGAAAUGCUGAAAGUUGGGGUUGUCUCUAAGCUGUGUUUGGUUGUGCAAGCUGAGUCGACUCAGAAGAAAACUAAAGAGAGGGCUGAGGAGAUUCUGAGAUUGCAUUCUAGGGUUUGGAGGUGUUCUUCGUGUAUACCUCCUCAUUUGCUUUCUUCUUAUCCAUCUUCUUGAUUAAUUUUUUUCCCCCCAAAAUUUCUCACUUCUUGUAGUUCUAAUUCUCAAAAUUCAUUUUUCACACCCAAAUACUAUUGGCAUAUUUUCUUGGAACCACUUGUCGAUGCAGUUGCAGUGCUAGUAAUAAAUUAAAAAAGUUGUCC